ACCCGGAUCCAGAUACCCGCCAUAUGUUUUUGAAGACCAGAAGCCAGAAGCUGUCUAAACCCUGAGGCAAAAAUCUAACUAUUCAUAUCAACCAAAACCUAACAUUCAAGAACUUUUCUACAAUUCGUACGUUAAUCUUGUCAUGAGGACCACAUCGGUGUCGGAGCUCAACGAUGGAAUCAUCCGCAGUAUGUCUAUUGGGGCACUGUUUUCAGAUUUCGUUGGAAAGAUAAAUGCACUUGAUUUUCAUCGCACUGCGGAUCUUUUGGUAACAACAGGUGAAGAUGAUUCUGUUCGGCUAUAUGACAUAGCAAAUGGCAAGUUACUAAAAACCACACAUCAUAAGAAACAUGGUGCUGAUCGUAUAUGUUUUACACACCACCCUAGUUCUGUCAUAUGCUCUUCAACACGAAAUUUGGAUUCAGGUGCAGAGUCCCUGCGUUAUCUAUCCAUGUAUGACAACCGAUGCCUUCGUUACUUCAAGGGCCAUAAAGAAAGGGUUGUCUCCCUCUGUACAUCUCCAGUUGAUGACAGUUUCAUGUCAGGUUCUCUUGAUCACACUGUCAGAAUAUGGGAUCUUCGUGUGAAUGCCUGCCAGGGAAUUUUACGCCUAAGAGGUAGGCCUACAGUUGCAUAUGAUCAACAAGGCCUUGUUUUUGCAGUAUCAAUGGAAGGAGGUGCUAUCAAAUUAUUUGAUUCACGUUCAUAUGAUAAGGGCCCAUUUGACACGUUCUUGGUGGGAGGUGACAUGGCAGAGAUUUGGGAUAUAAAGUUUAGUAAUGAUGGUAAAUCAAUGCUUUUGACUACCAAAAGUAACAACAUAUAUGUUCUAGAUGCAUAUAAUGGAGAGAAGAGAUGUGGAUUUAGUGUGGAUGCUUCUUCAAACACAACAAUCGAGUCCACAUUUACACCUGAUGGCCAAUAUGUGAUUUCAGGCUCUGGAGAUGGGACGUUGAAUGCUUGGAGCAUUCCCACCAGGAGUAAGGUGGCGAAUUGGGACAGCCAGAUAGGUGUUGCAUCAUGCUUGAAAUGGGCACCUCGUAGGGUGAUGUUUGCUGCUGCUUCUGUGGGGGUUCUCACUUUCUGGAUACCAAACGAUACAAUUUAGGAUAAAUUUUGAACAAUUAUUUAUUUUCUUUUUUUUGGGGGCAUUUUCGACCCUUUUUUUUUUCUCCCCUGAUCCUUGU